GUCCAAGGGCCCAAGACCACAGAGGACCUUAGGACAAAUGGAGCCUUCUGCAGUGGCCAGUGGGUCAGAGGAAAGAAAGAAUAAGGAUGCCACAGAAGAAUCCCCUGAGGAAGUGAGCGCUGGUGGGCGGGGCUCUGACUCAGCAGGCGUAGCUUGUGAGAGUACCGGAGGAACUAAUGAGGAGAAUGGAGAGGAAGAGCCAAAUCCACAAACUGGAGCCAGCGAGGGAGGGGCAGAGAUGACAGAAGGUGAUACCAAAGACAAUGAGGGAGAGAAGGAUGGAAGCAAAGAUGGAGGAAAAGAGACUGUGAAGGAUGAGAAGGAAAAAGACAGCGAAAGCAGUGAAAAAGGUAAUAAAGAAAAGGAAAAGACAAUAAAUAAAGCUGACGAAGGAAAAGAAAAAGAAGUCAAGGAGGAUGGAAAUAAUGCCGUUGCUGGAGAGGAGGGAAAAGGUAAAGCUAAAAGUGAUGAAAAACAUGAGAAAGAAGAGAAAACUAAAGAAGAGAAAACUGUGAAAGAAGAGAAAACUGUGAAAGAAGAGAAAACUAAAGAAGAGAAAACUGUGAAAGAAGAGAAAACUAAAGAAGAGAAAACUAAAGAAGAGAAAACUGUGAAAGAAGAGAAAACUAAAGAAGAGAAAACUGUGAAAGAAGAGAAAAACAAUGACUCCAAAGGCCCGGCCCAAGCGACAGCGGAUAAAGAAGCGAAGGCCAAAGAGAAAGUAGAGGCACAGCCAAAUAAAGAGAAGAACAGAGAUAAACAAGAAAAGACGAAAGGAAAAAGUGGAGCCCCUCCCUCCUCGUCCUCUCUCAGAACCUCUGCUCUGGCCUCUUCUCGGCCACGGAGCGCCCGGCCUUCAGCCCGGAGAGAAGCUAUGGCAAAGUUUCAACAGGAUCAGUCUCCUGCUGUCCGCAACUUUAAGGUCCAGAAGGUGUCCGCAGGCAUGUCUGCUGGGGCCUCAAUCAAGCAGAAGAUACUCCAUUGGUGUAGUAACAAAACACGGAAUUAUGAGGGUGUUUCUAUCGAGAACUUCUCAUCUUCCUGGAGCGAUGGCCUGGCCUUCUGUGCCCUCGUUCAUCGCUUCUUCCCAGACGCUUUUGACUUCUCCACCCUCAAAGCCAGCGAACGAGAGAAGAACUUCACCCUGGCCUUCAGCACUGCAGAAUCUCUGGCUGGCUGCUGCCCCCUCCUGGACGUAUCAGACAUGUUACUAAUGGGGAAGAACCCUGACCCUUUCAGCGUUUUCACCUACGUUCAGUCCCUCUGCCAGCACCUUUCAAAAAUAGAGCGAGAUAGGAAGGAGCGAGAGAAGGCAGAGGAGGGCAAGAAUAAGGGUGAGGCUGAAGUCCAGGGCAAAAAAGAAGGAGAGGCGCUGGGUGAGGAUAAAGAGCAGGAGAUUAGGGCAGGAGAGGAGCAGGGGGAGGAUAAAGAGCAGGAGAUUAGAGCAGAAGAGGAGCAGGGGGAGGAGGAAAGAGAAGAAGAAGGAGAUCCAGAUGAAGAGAAAGGUGGAACCGAAGAAGGUACGAAGAUGGAGACGGAUCAAAAUGACAACGUGGUAAACAGUGAGCAAACAAGUGAGACUUAAAUACAGUAAAUAAGCUGCCAGGGAAUGAUGUGCCAGAGUGACAGUGAUGUAAGGAGGAGAGAUACAAGCAAUGAGAUUAUUAGAUAGCUAAAGACACAAUUUUAAGUAUUUUAGCCUAUAAUAAAUAACUUAAUGUACCAUAUUAAUAUACUGAUACAGUACUAAUAAUUUAAGCUAUUAUAAAAUAGCUAAAGAUGCAAUGUUAACAAUUUUGUGUGUGAUUUUGUGAAGAUUGUUUACUAUUGUAAGCUGCACAAAUGCCCUAUAUAUAUAUAAAUAUGUUAUUCU